AUGCCGCUGUCAACUUGCUACCAUUCUCGUUCGUCCUGGUCCAGUAACACCAGGACUGGUUUAUGCGGCGCAGCGGGAGGCAACUCGCAUCUCAGCGACGCUACGGUAAGGACUUGUCUGAACAGCCGCCCCCCUCCAAACCAACGGCCGUUGCCGCCGGUGCUACAGUUUGGCAUUACCUCCGGUUUGAGCGAAAGUAUAAAAGAGCAGACGCCUCCAGAGGCAGACACACACGGCGACCCACCAGACUACAGUGCAGACCUCGUGUUCGCAACUCCACAUCUCCUCAUCAUGAAGGCCAUGUUUGUUGCGGUGAUCCUGGGAGUGGUGGCUGUCGCCAGGGCGACCACAGUACCAGCUGGCUCCAGCAUCUACCAGCAACCUCAGUACCAACCACUCCAACCUGGGGUGCAGUACCAGGCUCUGGUGCAGCCACGGCCUGUCGUGCAGUCAGAACAGGUGGUGGGAGGCCGCGUCGUGCCUGGAGUGUACCCAGGCAGUGUGGGCUCGCACGUCUACACCUCGGGGAUCGUCCCCAGUGUCUACUCCUCUGGAAUCGUUCGUGGCGUCCACCCUGCCAACGCUGCCCCCACUGUAGGAGGGUCCUACCCUUACUAUCCCACCGCCUAAGCUUCCAGUUCACAGAUUACCUGAACAAUUUCACGACGUCUUUCGCUGAUCUAUGAAUGACUGUGUAUGUCCAAAUUUGGUGAAUAAAUCUUUUCUCAGUGUCACUAUAA